AUGAUUGCUCAUGUGUUACUUAAACACAUUGAGGAAACUCCAAGGAUGCCUAUCAAAAUUUGUAUUGGCAUGGUCCACUCAAAAUAUGGUAAAAUCAUAAGCAAGAGAAAGGGAUUUCUCGGGCGUAGACGUGCUUUUGAAACGAUCUUUGGAACUUGGGAAUCCUCUUUUCAGGCGUUGCCGGGGUAUAUGGUGGCUCUACAACAUGCUAAUCCUGGCACUGUUGUACAAUGGCGGCUUUUAGAGGGCAAAAUUUUUGACUUCGUCUUUUGGGCAUUCAAACCAAGUAUUGAUGGAUUUACUCACUGUCGGAAUGUGAUAUCGAUAGAUGGGACCCAUGUAUAUGGCCGAUAUGACAUUAAGCUCCUAAUUGCAGUAGGUAUGGAUGCCAAUGGGUCAAUAUUCCCUCUUGCUUUCGCACUGCCGCCAGCGAGAGCAACGAGACAUAGGGGAUGUUCUUGA